AUGGCUUUUCGUGGCCAUGAUGAAUCCUCUACUUCGCUAAAUAAAGGUAAUUUUAGAGAGAUGGUAGAUUGGGUAAAAUCUCAGAAUGAACAAGUGAGGGAUGCUUUUGAUCGUGGUGGAAAAAAUUGCACAAUGACUUGCGGUGACAUUCAAAAGGAGCUUGCAACGUGUUGUGCACAUGAAGUUACCAAGGUGAUUAUGGAAGAGCUUGGUGAUAGACAAUUCUCCGUGCUUAUUGACGAGUCACGUGAUAUAUCUAUCAAAGAGCAAAUGGCGGUGAUGUUAAGGUUUUUGAACGACAAAGGGAGUGUGGUGGAACGAUUUAUUGUUUUACAUCAUGUUAAAGAUACUACAUCUGAGUCAUUAAAGAGCGCUCUUUAUGGUAUUCCUGAUAAGUACACAUUAUCUAUUUCAAGGAUACGAGGGCAAGGAUAUGACGGAGCUUCAAAUAUGAGAGGUGAAUUUAUGUACAUCACCUUGAUUGUGAAUACAACAAAUGCAUCUUGUAAGAGGAGGGAUGCUUUGAUAGAGGCACAACACCAAGAUAUUUUAAAUAAACUUGAGAGUUGUGAGAUAUCUAGAGGAAGGGGCUUGCACCAAUCAUCUAGCCUCACUAGACCCGGGGAUACUAGAUGGGGUUCACAUCAUACUACAUUGCUUCGUUUGGAUCAAAUGUGGUCCUCCGUGUUAAAGGUGCUUAGUAUGGUUGAUGAAGAUGGACGUGGACCAUCUCAAGCAGCAGUUGACGUUGUCAAAGCUCGGUUGAGCACAAUGAGAGAGAGUGGUUGGAAUAAUUUUUUUACUGAUGUCCAAGGAUUUUGUGUUGCUAAAAGUAUUCCAGUAUCAAAUAUGGAUGACGAAAUACCAGUUCGGGGUCGUUCAAGAGUAGAAGGGAGGACUAUCACUAAUCUUCAUCAUUACCGUGCAGAAAUUUUUUAUGUUGCUAUUGAUAAAAUAUGUGUGGAGAUGGAUCACCGCUUUAGUGAAGGAAGUAACAUGAUACUUGAUUGCUUCUCAUGUCUUGACCCGAAGAACUCUUUCUCCAAGUUUGAUGUUUAUAAACUUGCUCGUCUUGCUUCAACUUUGAUAUUGCCGGUGUCGACAGCAUCUGUUGAAAGAGCUUUUUCAACAAUGAAGAUUACCAAGUCUAAAUUGCGCAAUAAGAUCAACAUGUAUGGUUCAAUGACUUGA